AUGGAUACCAAAGCAUCAUCGUCGGGCCCGGCUCCGACGCACCUGCCAUCGUCCACAUAUCCUGCGACAUCGCCGUACUCGAAGGCGGCCAGAUCUUCGCAUCAGUAUUUUAGUUUAAGAUGGAACAACUAUCAGUCGAACAUGACGUCCGUGUUUCACGAGCUGCUCGAAUCGCAGUCCUUCGUGGAUGUGACGUUGGCCUGCGAGUACAAUUCGCUGAAGGCGCACAAGGUGGUUUUGUCGGCAUGUUCAGCGUACUUUCAGAAAAUAUUGCUCGAUAAUCCGUGCAAACAUCCCACCAUCAUUCUGCCCGCCGACAUCUGCUUUUCCGACCUACAGUUCAUCAUCGAGUUCGUCUACCGAGGGGAAAUUGAUGUGUCCGAGGCCGAGCUGCAGAGUUUACUACGGACGGCGGAGCAGCUGAAAAUCAAAGGCCUUUGCGAGGUGGGCGAACCGCAGUACGAGCAGGACUACUCACCCGCGGUCAAGCGCUACAAGCCGUACCGAUCGCGAUCGCCCCCGGACAACCGGCAUCAGCACCACCACCACCAGCAGCCACCGCCACCGCCCCCACCCUCGUCCGGUUCGGCGGGAUCGGCGUCUACCGGCGGCGGGGGUCGUACCGGCUCGGGAGGUGCAGGCCCACACGGCAACAACACCAACACCAGCGGCUCGUCUUCUUCCUCCCAGUCGACGGGCUACAGUGAAAACGGCAAGGGCGCCAAAGAACGAUCGUCGGCCGGAGGAACAGUAGUCGGAGGCGGCGGAGGAGGAGGAGGAGGAGGAGGAGGAGGAGGAGGAGGAGGAGGAGGAGGCGGCGGUGGCCGUAGCCAUUACCACCCUUCCCAGCAGCAGCACCACAGCCUGCACCAUCACCACCCGCACCUGCACCAUCCGCAUCAUCCGCACCACCAUCUGCAUCAUCUUGCCGGAGACGAGGACGAUGGAUCGCCGUCCUCGGUCGUAGUGGUAGAAACGCACGAUUUGACCACGACCGGGCCGUCGGCCAGCUCCGCGACAAAGGAUAAGCUUUACCACCUACAGCAGCAACAGCACCACCACCACCAAACGCAUCCGCAGCACCAUCAUCAUCAUCACCCACCGUCAUCUCAGCAAAUUGGAGGCAAAAUGGCCAGCCUAGGAAUGGGCGUUGGAAUAAAUGGCUCCGUGAUGGGUGUAGUACCGAUGGGCUAUUUGGAUUUUGCACCCGAGCCGCCCGCCCCGACCGCGACCCCGGUGACGGAGCAUGUGGACAUCAACUGUGCGCCAAGCAGUCACGAUACGCGUGAUCUGUCCAGUAAGUAUUCUGUGCCAAACGAUGGUGACUUACGAGUGAAAUUCGAAACGUUACGUUCGCUAGAUCCUCCCAAUUCGGUGCAACUGGACAAUCAGGCCGUGGCCCAUCAGCAGCAGCACCAGCAGCAAUUGCAUCACCAGCAGCAGCAGGCGCAGCAGCAACUGCUACACCAGCAGCAGCAACAGCAUUUACUCCAGCAGCAGCAGCAGCAGCAACAGCAGCAGCAACAGCACCGGCAAACUCCGCAGCCAGCAGGGGCGUCGGUGCCACCAAAUGAUCACCAGCGAAACUCGCCACCCCACAUUCAGCAGCAGCAGUCGGCCCAACAGCAGCAACACAUCAUGAUGGUUGAUCCGCAGCAGCAGCAGCAACACCACCCGACAACGCACAGCCCGGCCUCGAGCGUGUCGUCGUCCUCUUCCAGCCAACAUCCGGAGAAUCUGGUUACCGGUAGCGGUGGCGCCGGUGGUGGUGGUGGUGGCGGUGGAUCAGUUACGCCCGGUCCUACCCCAAACAAUGGCAACAGCAACGGUGGUGGCCCGAAUGGGACCGGCGGUGGUGACGAGAUGAAAUCGAGACUGAACCUGAAACAGGAAAUCAUUACCGACGCCGCCGACCAGCAGCAGACGAUGGAGGUCGAGCAGGAUCAAUCGUCGAUGCAUGGCAUGGUCGUGACGCCGGAAAUAUCUGGCAUUAUGAACCAGAGCCAAAUGAGCGAUAUGUAUCAAUCAGAUGCCAGCGAAGACUCGAAGGCGGGUAUUUUGGAUGGGUCGUCUAUGCAGUACACCAAUCUGACCAGCCCGAACGAAGCGAAAACCCCAACGGGGCCUAAGACGUGGACCGCCGAGGAUAUGGAAUCGGCACUAGAGGCCCUGCGUACACAUAACAUGAGUCUGACGAAGGCAUCGGCAACUUACGGUAUUCCAUCGACGACCCUGUGGCAGCGAGCCCACCGGCUCGGCAUCGACACACCGAAGAAGGAGGGACCGUCGAAAACGUGGAACGAAGAUUCACUCAACAGUGCGCUGGAGGCGCUGCGCACCGGUACGAUCUCCGCCAACAAGGCCUCGAAAGCGUUCGGCAUACCGUCUUCCACGCUGUACAAGAUCGCGCGCCGAGAGGGCAUUCGCCUGGCGGCCCCGUUCAACGCGGCGCCAACCACCUGGUCGGCGGAGGAUCUGGAUCGUGCCUUGGAGGCGAUCCGCGCCGGGCAAACGUCGGUGCAGAAGGCCAGCACCGAGUUUGGCAUCCCGACCGGCACGCUCUACGGGCGUUGCAAGCGCGAGGGCAUCGAGUUGUCACGCUCGAACCCCACACCCUGGUCCGAGGACGCGAUGAUGGAAGCCUUAGAGUCCGUUAAACAGGGACACAUGUCGAUCAAUCAAGCCGCCAUCCACUACAACCUACCGUACAGCUCACUGUAUGGCCGGUUCAAGCGGGGCAAAUACGAUACGCCCAGCUCGGGCGGCGGCGGUGGUGGCAGUUCGACAAGUGCUGCUGCUGCUGCUGCUACCGGCGGUGGCGGUGGUGGUGGUGGUGGAGGCGGUGGUGGCGGUGGCGGUGGAGGCGCUGGCGGAGCAAGCGCUAAUGUUGGCGGUAGUCCCCAGAUGGAGUUUAAGGUAGAACCUCAGCAAAACGAUCAUAGUCCAGAGAACACGCAACAUUACAAUCCUGCACUAUCGACGUCCUCGACGCCUACGAGCAAUACUCCAACGCAGCAGCAGCAGCAGCAGCAGCAACAACAACAGCAGCAACAGCAGCAACAACAGCAACAGCAGCUCACCCACCAUUUAGUCCAACAAUCACCGGCACCAGUCAGCAUUCACAUCAACGAUGCCACCCAUCACCAUCUGGCGCACACUCAUCAGCAGCUCCAUCAGCAGCAGCAGCAACAGCAGAUGGUGGUGAUACACCAGCAGCAACAGCAGCAGCAGCAGCACCAUCACCUGCACCAUCAGCCGCAGCUAAUACAGCAUCACAUCAUUCCGCAGCAGCAUCACAUCAUCUAUCAGCAGCCGCUGCAGCCGAUCCAGCAGCAACCCCAGUACCAUCCAAUGUACCACAUCAUCAAGCAAGAGAACGAUAGAAGUUGAAAGCAUCGAC